AAACAAAACAAAUAUUCACAAGAGUUGGAAAAAAAGAAAAAGAAAACUCCAAUUGCCAAUGGCCAUAUCUCUUUAUUUCUCUGCUUUCAUUCUCUCCAUCUUCUUCUUCUCCAAUUUCCUCAUUACACAAUCCUCCAUUACCAUCAACACAACUGAUUUAAUCCAAGAAACUUGCAUGAAAAUCUCAAGAGAAGACCCUAACAUUUCCUACGACUUUUGCUUAACAUCUCUAGAAUCUGCUACGAAGGAUAUCGAAUGCAUCAAUCUUCGUCACCUCGGCCUCAUCUCAAUCGGGCUGUUACGUAGGAAUGUGACCAGCACGCGCCACCAUAUCAUAAGUUUGAUGGAAAACACGAAGCUCUAUCCGUUUGUCAAGUUUUGUUUGGAGGAUUGUUUGGAGCUUUAUUCCGAUGCGGUCCCGACAGUGACGCAGGCGAUGUGGGAUUAUAAGUUGAAGCAAUAUGAUGAUGCGAACAUCGCGGUUAGUUUGGUGAUGGACGCGGCGGAAACUUGUGAGGAUGGUUUUAAGGAGAGGAAAGGAGUGGUUUCCCCAUUGAAGAAGAGGGAUGAAGAUGCUUUUGAAUUGGGAGCCAUUGCUCUAUCAAUUAUAAGUCUGCUUCAUUAAGUCAAUUCCAUUCUAUGAAUUAGGUUUGUGUAAUUAAAAGUUCGACUUUAAAUUUAAGGAUUUGAGUUUAUCUUUUUCAAGUUCCA